AUGCCUAGUCCCAGACUCGACACGUCCUGUCACAAUCUCGAAUCGGAUAAGGGAGUGCGGUCACCCAGGACGCCAACAUAUGGACCAGAUUCUCCGUCUACCGGCUCAGUGCCACCUUUCGACGCCGCCCGGUACUUUGUCCAUCAUGACCCUGACGAUGACGACCGACAGUCUGUUUCCCUUCUUCCUCCUCCACCACAAAGCGAGCCGCUACCAUGGGUGUGGAUAUGCCACCUGUGCCAUUCGCGAUAUCCUCUUGGCGUAACACGCCGAUGCCUGGUCGAUGGACACUACUACUGUUCAGGCCAGACAGAUCGGCCCAGUCUGAGGAAAAAGAAAAAGCCUCGGGCGUGUUCCUGUGAGUUCGACUAUGCGGCCUGGAAGGCUUGGGGGACAUGGCGCCGGGCAGUUCUCAGAACCCUCAAGAGCGAGGUGGUCGCAAGAGGCUGCGAAUGCUGUGACUUCCCGAGCCAGUGUCGGUAUCCUGCCAACUCACACCCUCUAGGGAGUGCAGAAUUUAAACUUGUAUUUCCCGAUGAGACCAUCAGCUGCCCGCUACCAAAGUCGGAUUCAAAGACUUCUGGCUCCAAAGCAUCAGGUGGGGAAAGAUCGAAAGCAAACGAGAACGUCGACUUCGAUCAGAUCCUCGAAAACAUCUACAGCGACGCAAUGUCACGGAUACCGGAGCCACAAACACCGGCAAACACCAAACAGAAGGAGAAAGGUCUGUCUAAGGGCAAGAAGAAACGUUCAGGCAAAGCGCCCACGCCUUCGCUGGACGACGAGCUGUCCGAAGAAGAGAGCAGAUUGCGGGAACUGAUCGGACCCAACUUGUGGGCAUGCUUGGAAGACAUUGGGCUGGACAACGCCCCAGCCGAGUGA